AUGAUAAUUCAAGAACCUGUACAGGUUGCUAUUUGGACAAAUUUAAAUUUUUAUGCUUACGAAGAUGCGAUCUUCUUGGCUGAAAGACUUUGUGCAGAAGUGGAAACUUCAGAAAGCUUAUAUUUGCUAGCAACUUGUUAUUAUCGCUCAGGACGAGUGAAUGAAGCAUACUGGCUUUUAAACACAAAAGGAGCUUCUACUCAAAAAUCCAAAUACUUGCUAGCUAAAUGUGCAUAUGAGUUAAAACACUAUUCGGAAGCUGAAAAUAUUUUGUGUCAGAAUAAAACACCCAGAACUCAAAAAGACUUGGAAUCAAUAUGUAAAGAGUAUGGAGUAGAACUGAGUGGAUUCGUAAUGCAACUCUUGUCAAAGGUUUGUAAGCAAACGGAGAGAAUAUCGUUAGCAAAUGACUGUAGUAGAACUUCAUUAAGACAUAAUCCAUUUCUGUGGAAUUCCUACAUUGACUUGUGCAAUCGAGGCGAAAGACCAAAUCCAAAAGAUACAUUUCAAAUAAGAAACGAAGAUUUUUUGAUUCAAUUAGAAAAGCAAUUGCAUCAUAAUCAUUCAUCAGAACAUAGUUAUAUUACAUUAAAUGAUAAAAAUAUCAGUAUUUCUGGGAUCCAGCAAAAUUGUGUGACAACACCGAACAACAACGUUAAUCCAAUAAAUUUCAGUGUUACAACAGUCGAUGAUACUCCAUUAACAAAGAAUCAAACAAUCGAAAAUCAUAUUUAUGAAGUCGAAACACCAUAUCGCAAGCAGUUUAAAUAUCUACAUUCAAACAUUAGUCCUGUCACGCCAAGUUUUGGGAUUUUACCUUUAAGUAGUCCACAUGAAAAUAUCAAGCAAACAACAUUAUUUAUAACACCAUCGCCACCGCUUCAAUCUCAAAUGAUUGACUCCGAUAAGAAUAGUAGUAACAAGAAAAUUAGAGGAAAUUUAAAUUCUUUAGUAAAUAGAAAAGAGAUUCCAACUACUCCACUUCAACAAAGUCAGCAUACAAAAUCGGUAGUUUUAAAUCAAUCUAGCAAUAUAACACCACAUCGUACUCCGCAGGAAGAAAAAUGUCAAAGCGUUCGACGCUCUUCUCGGAUUUUUAGUAAUUAUUCAGUUAAGGAAAACAAUAAGUCGCCAAAAUUUACCAAAUUCACACAACCUAGAUCACCCCCACGAAAAACGAGCAAGCGAGUCUCGAAAACGUCGACUAAAUGUACUUUAAAUGAGCUAAAUGAAAAGAAUUCAUUGCUUAAUGAAAAGGAAAAGAAUGAGACUGUUACGUCUGCGCAGUUAAUCACUGAUGUGUCGUAUAAUUAUCAAAUUGCAUCAAUGAAACGUCAAAGUGCUGACGGAUUAAUGCUACUUCUUCAGACUCUGGGACAAGUUUAUUUGCAUUUACAACAUUAUGAGCUUGAUGAAGCUCUUGAGAUUAUUGAGACAAAAGUUCCACUUCAUCAUUUUAAAAGCAGUUGGGUUCAAUCAUUAAUUGCCAUCAUUCAUCACGAGCGGAGAGAAUAUGAAGAUUCCGUUAGAAUUUUCUCAAACAUUCGUAAAGCUGAGCCGUAUCGUUUGCAAUACAUGGAAAUUUACAGUACCGAUUUAUGGCACUUACAAAAAGAUACUUUACUUUCUGCAUUAGCGCAGGACUUGAUGCAACAUAACAAAAUGUCAGCUAUUACUUGGUGUGUCGCGGGAAAUUGUUUCUCCGCAUUAAAAGAACACGAUACUGCAAUCAAGUUUUUCAAUCGUGCUAUUCAAAUCGAUCCUGAAUUUUCGUAUUCCUACACGCUGCUUGGACACGAGUUAGUCUUUACUGAAGAACUUGAGAAGGCAUUAGGAUGUUAUCGAAAGGCAAUACUAAAAGACUCAAGACAUUACAAUGCUUGGUUUGGAAUCGGAACAAUAUACUCGAAGCAAGAACGUUUUCAACUAGCUGAAAUUCAUUUUCGUCAUGCAUUAAAAAUCAAUCGCAAAAAUUCUGUAAUUUUAGUUCACAUCGGCGUUAUGCAAUUUUAUUUGAACAAAAGAGAACAGGCAAUUCAGACGUUAAUGGAAGCUAUAAAGCUAGAUCCCAAGAAUCCGCUGUGUAAAUUCCAUCAUGCUUCGAUGAACUUUAACAUUGGAAAACUUCAGGAAGCUCUCGAGGAACUGGAGGAACUUAAGCAGUUAGUGCCAAAAGAAUUUAUCGUCUAUUAUCUAAUAGGAAAAAUACACAAACAACUCGGAAAUAUUGACCUUGCAUUAAUGCAUUUUAGUUGGGCCACUGAUUUAGAUCCAAAAGGAGCCAAUAAUCAAAUAAAAGACAAGUUUGAUUCAGUAAUUAGAUCUCACCAACAGCAAGAGCAAUCAGAUGGUGACAUUAGGUCACGAGAGGAUUUCGACGAAGAGGAUGACGUUUCUAUAGAUGAUGUAGCAUCAUUAUCAAAUGACAACAAUAAUAGCAGCGGAGGAAUUGAAUCUGAAAGUAAUAAUAGCAUGAUUCAGGAGCAUUAA